AUGGUGAGGAGCGUCAAGGAUCUGCUGCGACGCUCCAACGGUCGAGCCUGCCUUGACUACAUGGAACUUGAAGCGAGUCUAGCAGAAAUCGAGAGCGUAAUCAACGCCCGCCCACUCAGCCAUAUUGGGGAAGGAGCUGACGAUCCACUUCCGAUAACUCCAAACCAAUUUCUAAACAACAGACGUUCUACUCGUGCCGAUCCGGAGCCAGCCGUUAACUUGCUAGCUCCAACAUCGACCAGCAUCGUACUACAAGAGAUGGACAAGAACAGGAGGGAAUAUGUCGCUGACAUCUGUGCUAGAUUCGUCGACGAUUAUCUACUCCAACUAGACAACUUCCACUCCAAAGGAAAAUCCGGAAGGAAGAUCCGCCUAGGAGAAGUCGUCGUUAUCCACGACGAAAACUCCAAACGACUCAUGUGGUCUACCGGAGUAGUGAAGGAACUGAUUCCAAGCCGCGACGGACUCAUCCGCUCUGUCAUGCUCAAGGUUCCAAAUGGUAAUUUAAUUAAUAGAGCCAUUCAAUGUCUUCACCCCAUAGAGCUGCGAGAAGACCUCGCCGAAGACGUCGAAAUUGGAAAUCCGGAACCGAUCCAGGAGCCGGAAGAGGAUCCAAACCCAACUACACCAGAACAAGAAAUCGAUCUCGAUGUCGGAGACGCUACGCCAGCUACCGAAGAACCGGACGACGUCGCCGAAGAUGUCGAGCCGGAUGCUACGGGCUCUGGUGGGGAGUGUGUUAGGAAUAUUCCAUUCCAACAGACGACGACGAGAUCCGGGCGCCGCAUAACAACACCGGCGCACCUACGCGACUAUUGCCUAGGGGGCCCCCGAUAG